CUCUGACCAAGCCUGGGCUCUCCAGGCAGCUGGAGGGGUCCCGCGGAGCCUGUUGGGGCAGUAAGUUCGACCAGGGCCACCUACGCAUCUGCAGCCAUGUCGGGCCGCUCGGUGCCACAUGCCCACCCAGCCACCGCGGAGUAUGAAUUUGCCAACCCCAGCCGCCUGGGUGAGCAGCGCUUCGGAGAAGGCCUCCUGCCAGAAGAGAUCCUGACCCCCACUCUCUACCAUGGCUACUAUGUGCGGCCCCGGGUCACCCGAGCUGGGGAGGGCAGUAGGGCAGGGGCCUCGGAGCUCAGGCUCAGUGAGGGCAAGUUCCAAGCUUUUCUGGAUGUGAGCCACUUUACCCCAGAUGAGGUGACUGUGAGGACUGUGGAUAACCUGCUGGAAGUGUCUGCCCGCCACCCCCAGCGCCUGGACCGCCAUGGCUUCGUCUCCAGAGAGUUCUGCCGCACCUAUGUCCUGCCUGCUGACGUCGACCCCUGGCGGGUCCGCGCCGCCCUCUCCCACGAUGGCAUCCUUAACCUGGAGGCGCCUCGGGGUGGCAGGCAUUUGGACACAGAGGUCAAUGAGGUGCACAUCUCCCUGCUCUCUGCGCCUCCUGACCCAGAGGAAGAGGAGGAGGGCACCAGAGUCGAGGCCUGAGUGCUACAGACCUGGCACCCAAGGGAAUCCUGAAUCCCAGCGGUGAUGUGGGCAGCUGCCCACCACCCCAGAGGGAGCAGCAUCCUUGGGGGGAGGGAGAGGGCAUGGUCCACAAUGUGUGGUUUGGUCCUUUGGGACAUGCAUUUUUGGCUUAGUUUGGUUUAGUUCUGGGUGGAUGUGAAUAAACCCAAAUCUCAGGGC